AUGUCGAGAUCAAUCCAGCUUAAGGAGGAGGGUAACCGCCACUUCCAGUCAGGCGAUUAUGCCGGGGCAGAGGCCUUGUAUUCUAAGGCAAUCAUCGCCGACCCUAAGAAUCCAGCCCUUUACACGAACCGCGCCAUGGCCCGUCUAAAGCUCGAAAUAUGGGACUCGGUCGUCUCCGAUUGCGAAUCCUGCCUGGGCCUUGCCCCUGAUAACCUGAAAGCCCAUUAUUAUUUGUCCCAGGCCCAGCUUGCGCUGAAGGACUACGAAUCGGCCCUUACAAAUGCCCUACGUGCCCAUCAACUGUGCGUCCAGACUGGAGAUAAGUCUCUUGCGGCGAUCACAGCACAAGUCCUCCGCUCGAAGAAGGAGCGGUGGGAUUGGAAGGAGAGGCACCGCCUCCGCGAAGCACAUCAGAUGGAGAACGAGAUCGUCGAGAUGAUGGAGAGGGAGCGCAAGCAAGCCAUUGAUGACGCCAUGGACGACAGCGAGAAGAAGGAGAUUGAGGCGGAGUGGGACAAGAAGAUUCAGCUUUUGAGAGAGACGUUUGAGAAGAGCCGACCGGUGGAGGAACAGAGAGGCGAGGUUCCGGAUUGGGCGAUUGACGAUAUUAGCUUCGGCAUCAUGGUCGACCCCGUCAUCACCAAGACUGGAAAGUCUUACGAAAGGGCUUCGAUCAUGGAACACCUCAGGAGGCACCCCAGCGACCCUCUGACUAGGGAACCUCUUUUGCCAUCCGAGCUGAGGCCCAAUCUUGGACUCAGGCAGGCGUGUGAGAUGUUCUUGGAAAAGAAUGGCUGGGCGGUGGACUGGUAA